CGCAAAUUUUUCGAGUUUCCCUCCAUUUUUCUCCCCUUCCCUCCCUCCCUUCCUCGCGUUUUCGCCGACGGUGACGCCGAUCUGAAGGUAGAGAGAAGCUCCGGCGGCAGUCUUGAUGGUUCUGUAGGUGGGAUUGUAUGGAAGUGAGCUCGGUGUAGAUUAAUUUUCCGGUCUCGUUGUCUCGACGAGCUGAUCUGAAGGAUGGCAGGUUAUUACGACAUUGAUGAUAUCGUUGCCGAAGAAGAGCCGGUUUCAGUUGUAUUCCAAAAGCCGGUAAAUGGAGUUGGGAUUGAUCCUAGUGCAGAGAAAAAUUGCGUUGACCAAGGAUCAAAAGUAGAGCUGCCCUUCUGGCUUGCUAACGAGUUGUGCCAGAGAAAUGCAGUAUCAGUACUUGUUCCGGCAUGUUUUGAUGAAAAAACUAGACUGGAAAUCCAGGCUGAUCCUGCAUGUGUGGAUUUGAGAUCUCGAAGUCCAUAUUUUUAUGAAUUUGGCUGCAAGAUGGCGCCGAUUGUUGGUGAUAGGACCCUUGGAUUUCUGCUCUUCUCUGCAUUUAGAAGUAGAUAUAAAGAAGUACUGACUAAGGCACACACUGCGUCGCAUGUGGCAGCUCCGAAAAUUCUCUCCCGGCUUACUAAAGAAGAAGUCAAUUUGUAUGAGGCAGCUCAAUCGUCAGUGGCUGCCUUUAAGAAGUGGCGUGUAGGUGGCCGGAGAUUUCAGCCUUCAUCUGUUCUAGGGAGGAAGAGGAGAUCAGAAGAAUAAACGGCAUAAUUUCUCAUUCAAUUCACGCCACAUUUUGACUUUAUAAAAGCUCUGACCUUCACUUGAAUUUGAUUAUAAGAGAACAUGCAUUGCCCUAUUGGAGAGUAUCGCGUCCUAGCCCUGCAGUUAGUCACGUGACGAAGCACCGAAGGAGGUUCUUCAUCUCUUGAUAUAAAGUUCCGCAACGCGACAGAUUCAAUUUUUAAGCUCUUGUCAAGUUAGCUGUAUUGUUGUUGUUCUAAUGUAUUCCAGCAAAGAGAAGUCAUUUAGGUGAUAUCCAGACCAAAUAAGCAUUUUAAUUUUUUUUUCCUGUU